UAAACUCCUCCCCAAAAUCUACCAAACAGAACAGAUCUCACCAUUUAUCUACCGCUUCUGACCAGUGUGGAGCUUCCAUCGCCGGGCGUCCCUCCCCACAUUCUGCAGAAACAAGUCCAUCAUCACCGAAUUCACCCCCUCCUCAUAUCUUCCAACCCGACGCUCUGCCCCCGUCUGCUCCGCCUCUCCCCAUGCCUCUCUGAACUCAGUCCCUCUAUCUCGUAGCAGUACCUGACCGUGUUCUUAUCCCCGUCGUAUGCAGACUUAUCCCGGCCUUCUCCGAGACCUUUGACACCGUUCCCGGUCAACCAGAUUCCAGCUGGAGUGUCCGCCACGCCAUUUCACCCAGGUUUGGCGUGUCAUUGCUCCAUUGGUAUCCGGACAUGAUGAUCAGCAAACAGCUUCUUCUGACAUAUCUGUAUCUCCUUAUUUACAUUUUGCUAUCCUCUGGCGUUAUUUUGUACAACAAGUGGGUGCUAUCACCAAAAUAUUUCAAUUUCCCACUUCCUAUAACGCUCACCAUGAUUCACAUGGGAUUUUCAGGCUUAGUAGCAUUCUUUCUCAUCCGUGUUUUCAAGGUUGUGUCACCUGUCAAGAUGACAUUUGAAAUAUAUGCAACAUGUGUGAUUCCUAUCAGUGCUUUCUUUGCAGCUAGUCUUUGGUUUGGCAACACUGCUUACUUGUUCAUAUCUGUAGCCUUCAUCCAGAUGCUUAAGGCUCUAAUGCCAGUCGCAACAUUUGUUGUGGCAGUGGUUUGUGGAACAGACAAAUUGAGAUGCGACGUGUUCUUGAACAUGGUAUUGGUCAGCAUUGGGGUUGUUGUGUCCUCCUAUGGGGAAAUUCACUUCAAUGUUGUGGGCACAGUUUACCAAGUGACUGGGAUAUUUGCUGAGGCUCUUAGGCUUGUUUUAACUCAAGUUCUUCUCCAGAAGAAGGGUUUAACUCUGAAUCCUGUCACCAGCUUGUAUUACAUUGCACCAUGCAGCUUUGUGUUCCUAUUUAUUCCAUGGUACCUUUUGGAGAAGCCUGGAAUGGAGGUCACACAAAUUCAGUUCAACUUCUGGAUUUUCUUUUCAAAUGCACUGUGUGCCUUAGCUCUGAAUUUCUCAAUAUUCUUGGUGAUUGGAAGAACUGGUGCUGUGACCAUCAGAGUUGCAGGCGUCUUAAAAGACUGGAUUCUUAUUGCCCUAUCAACUGUUGUUUUCCCUGAGUCAACAAUCACAAAACUUAAUAUCAUAGGAUAUGCCAUAGCAUUAUGUGGUGUUGUGAUGUACAAUUAUUUGAAGGUAAAGGAUGCCCGAGCAUCCCAACUUCCUAUGGCAAGUAUUGUGGACAGAACAUGUAAAGAGCUUAAGAUGGAGAAGAAGUCCUCUGAUCUGUUCGUACCAGAUGAUGUUGUUAACAGUAGUGGAACAAGGAAUGGGUCUCAAGAUUUGAUGUCGGAUGAAGAAGCACCAUUGAUUUCUUCAAAUAGAAUCUCUCAUCUUGGGCGAAGCCAACUUGGAGGUGGCUACUCUUCUUGACCGAUUACCGGGGUGUUGCGGCAAGCUUUGUUUUGUUUGCUGGGUUGAUAUAGUUAAAACAAGAAUUGAGGUCGGCCAACUAUCUGUACACCUUUUUUUGCUAAUUUUCUAUUUUCCUUUAGUGUAAUUGCCAAGUGUCUUAGCUUUCCUCUUGAUACUGUGAUUUGUUGUAAAAUUUCAAUCAAUGUGAGCUAAAUGAAGACACUCCAUUUACCUGCUGUACUUUAGAUUACUCAUAUCUUCCUACUCUCACGGCCUCACUAGGCUCUUAUUUAUUUGUUUAUAUGCACUCCCAUGUUAAAGCAAAAUGAGAAAUAGUUACAGUUUACCAUC